UUUUUUUUUCCAGUGUCCCCCGGUAAGCACCAACCACAAAGCACGGCAUUCAAUUACUAAGCCGCGGGUUGAAGUGCCAGAGAUUUCGUUGAUUCGUUUCAAUGAAUUUUCAAGAGCGCCAUGCCAGAGUGAUCAGGAGAGAAAAAAGUGCUUUCCGCAUUACUCUGAGCUCUAAUCUUUGCAUCUGAUUUAGGCACACGAGGCCCCUUGAGUGGACACUCCGAAUGCCAAACAGCCGGACAAUUACUGCUGCAAUGCUUCAAUAGCCGAUCAAGUUCAACGCUAGAUAAAUUUUUAAAAAAAUUGUUCAAAAAGCAACCCCCCCCACCAACCCCCCUGGGUCAUACUCCUUGAUAAGGGACCAUCUCAGCGCCCAGGACGAAGUGCAUCGAAAGAGGACAUGGCUGAGAAUGCAGCAGAGAAGCAAGAUGCAGACGCGGUAAUCACCUCCACCAAUGGCAGCUCAAAGGACGACAAAGGAUCACUGAUGGAGGCGAGAGAAGAGACGCGAGAGGAUGUAUGUGAGGAGUCAUCGCAGCUCGACAGCUACACUCCGGAGAAUGGUGUCAGUCAGACGGAGGAAGCUCGGCAGGGAGACAAACGUGAACCUGACGGCGAGAAAACGCAUGCAGACGAGACGGCAAGCAUUCCGCCUCUGUCCGAACAAGCAGCAGAUCAGGCGGUUGCUGUGGAAACAGGUGAAGGGGAGACCACUGAGGCAGAAGAGAGCCCCAGUUCAGAUCAAUCAGACUCCGCGCAAGCAGAGGAGGAGGAGGAGAUGCAACCGCAGUGCGAUUCUCCCAGCGAUGCCAACGGCGCCGACUCUGCGCCAGAUGCGGUGUCGCCUACAGCAAAGCCCCGCAGCCCAUCCAUUGUGUUUCCAGUCGAGGCUCGACGGAGAGACGUGGCCAAGUGCUCGUACAACAUGUACAACACCGUCUCCUACCGGAACAUCCGCAAGGGCAAUACCCGUCAGCGCAUCGAUGAGUUUGAGUCCAUGAUGUACACCAACUAGCGUCGUGAGCACGCUGCAGUAGCGUUAAGUUGUGUUUCCAACUGUGUAGCUCGUGAACGAAGCUCUGGUGAAUUAGCGCAAAGAUGUUUUUUUUUU